CACCACCACCACCUCCACCACCUCAGCGCCGAAGCACUCACCCUCUCCACCAGCAGACAUCACCGCGUACCACCUAUACCACUUCGUCGUCCAAGAUGUCGCAGGAGAACUAGAUCAAUUGGACGCUGCACGCACGUGGCGUCCAACUUUUCUCGAAUCUGUCCUCACAUCUUCUGACGCAACGAGAUACUGCUGCUGAGCAUUGCUUACCAGUAGUGGAACCACUGUCUCGACCGAGUCCGCAGCGCUCUCGGCCACUUCCGACAUCAGGCAUUGGCAUCUCACCUCACGUGUGCACACCACCGCAAGCGACGACGAAGACACGGCUUGACCCAUUACUAGGACGAGCCUACAGUAUUCCACAGAUCACAGCUCGUUGCCGGCAGGCGACACACGCGCUACAGACUUCCAGAGUACGCCGCGUCUGACCGCGACACGAUACCCAUUGAACGAAUAUCCCUGCUUCAACAUCCAUCUAGCUUAUUCAUACCAAAAUUUCACAACCACCAAAAACCUACCCGAUAUUCCGCUACUACACUACGACAUUAAACUCAAAAUGGCGCAUCGAUCGUCCACUUCUGUCCCUCAGGACACCAGGAGAAUGCCCUAUGACCCGCGAAAAUUGACGAAUGGCAGCCCGCAGAAGAUGUCGAAGCCGUCAUCGCGACCGGUUCCAAACACCAUGAGCAACGUUGUCAGCGGCACUCGCACAGGAGACGCUGUGUCGGACGAGAGCGACAAUGAAGAAGAGGGAGAAGCUGAGACUCCAGAAGAUCAUGAGGAUGCUUCCUCUUCCGACGACGACGACGAAGCGGAUGUCUUUGCCCUGUCAGGCGCUAAUCGAAAAGGCAACAUUGCUACGUCGCGACUGGCAGGGCCAACUUGCAUGAUUGAGACUGACGCUGUCGCCGGUGCUGAAGAAGACACUGACAGCGAUGAUGAGGAGGGCUACGAUGUACUCGACGACGACGACGACGACGAGGAUGACGAAGAUGACGGCAUAGAAAAGGUUUUGGAAAAAGACCUGAUCCAGGACUUCCUGGACGAAGAAGCCGAGGCUGGCGCUAAGAGGGCACAGGCUACGACUUCUUCGCGGCCACAGACCGCUACGUCUGUCUCGAACGAGAUGACAGGCCUGAGCAUCGUCGAAGACGCUGCCCUGGCGCGGCGACUCAGCUUGCAAAGUGAAGAUAGCAAUGGCGGUGACCUUGACUGGAGUGAAGACCCCUUUCAAGGACUGCAAACUAACGACAGCCUCUAUCAGGAGCUGAUCGAAGACGCCGAAGAUGACUUUUCUUACGAUCUUGCCUCGUGGCGCGUGACCGAUGAAACUGUGAAUGAAGACAACCUCUUCGAGCUGCAGCCAGCAGGUAAUGAGAAACGAGUGCGCUUCGCAGAGACCGUCUCCUCUCGCUCAUCGAGCUUGAGCAGUGAGGACGAUCCUCGGGAUGCUUACCCGGAUCUCUUCGAUGGUACAAGCACCCCCCAGUCCAGAUCGCAAUACAUGAUGGACAUUGAUCCCAUCGAUGAUGAUAAUGAUGAUAACGAGUCCAUCUUUGACUUUGACUACGUCGACCCGUACGAGAAUGAACCCGUCAACAUGUACAACGACGAGGAGUCUGACUCCGACGGUGAGACGACCGAUGAGUCCGAUGGCGACUCUACAGAUGAGGAAGACGAAGCGGAUGCGUACUCGCGUAUGCACGCCAUUCACAAACAGAAUAGCGAACUUGCUGCAAAGAGUCUUGUGGUCACACCUGGUCCUGGCCCUACCCCGGCCAGCACACCAGUCAGUGGCAAGGCGCCAGCGCGGCAGUCCAACACCGGGAAGCGGUCGUCCAUGUCGAGGCCGGGAUCGAAGCCCAGGAUAGGAACCUUCACUCACGAUCCUACGAGAGCAGCUGUCACCGCAGAUGAGAAUGGAAACGGAGUCAAGAUUGCAUGCCCAUCGAAGCCUGCUGAAAAGGAUAGCGCGUACUGGGAACAGGCACGCCAAGCCAUGGGCAGCCGAGACGGAAGUCCUGGUGAGCCUGUCUCCUGGACACGCACCACUCCGCACACCGCCAGCAUUCCUCAACGACCAUUCACUGCCAAGAUGACUCUGGGGAGCAUGUUUGAUGGAAACCUGGACUUUCUUCGCAACAACGAUGUUCAUGGCAUCACCAAAGGCAUCAUUCUCCCUGCCGUUCCCAGAGUCGCCAACAGUGUUCGCUCGUCCUUCACCGCUACCAAUACCCUAGCGAGCGACACUCCCAUGAACAAUGGAGCAUCAAUGAACCUCGAAGACUUUGUCCAGUACUCCGAGAGCGACUGCGAGAUGGAUGUGGAGCCUAGCUCCGCUGUCAUGACACCCGGCCAAGAUGUCUUUGCCAGCUUCACCAACGACGAUUCUUCGCCUAUGCCCCGACUCGAUACCGAGGACUUGCUGGACCACUUUGAUCAGGUCCCUGGCGGCAUUUCAUCAUUUCGCAACAAUCAGCGCCAUGUUCGCCAAGUCAGCUCUCUGGCAGCGAAUCCGGCGAGCAGAGCACAGACUUCGGAGGCCAACGCUCUUCAGAAGGGCAGACGCAAUGCUGCCAAUGCUCCCAUCACGCCUGGUCGCAAGAGUCGACCUGGCCCAGAGAUGACCCUCACUGGCGCAGGUGUCAGAAAGCCACUUGCCAGUCCUCUGGCCCCGAAACGCGGAGGCCGCAGCCGUGGAAACUCUCUUUCGCAGACUCUGGCUCUUGAUCGCUUUGGCUCCAAUGCCAUGUAAAAUGAUCACGUGUCUAUUCCCCUUUUUUUUAUACUCCGGAAUCGACCGGAAAGUGAAACAAGCACAAAUCAAAAAAGUACGAACAGCAAACAUAACACAACACAGCAGCUUCUUUCUUGUCGUUUUUGGGGCCCUUUUUGUUUGAACUGUCUUCAAAGACGGUGUAUCUUAGCGUGGCGCUGGCGGUGUUUAGUCUGAUCUGACUAGAGUUCGGUGGCUCUACUGCUGGGAUGAAGACGGCGGGCUGUCAUUGUUUGCUGCGCGCGGAGAUACCCUUUGGAGUUCGUCGAAUGCAUACGCUGGCAAUACAGGUGGUAUCAGAGAGCAUGUCUGGCAGAACAAGAAAUCAUUUUCAAGCGCGUCACGUAGUUGUAAAGUAUACGAAGAGUUGAAACACGAUUGACUCUUUC